AUGGAACGCCGAUUCGCUACCUAUGCCAAAAUCGACAUCUCCAGCGGUGAUUUCCAAGGGUUGGCCCUCGGCCGCUGGCUCAACGACCGGAUCGUAGAAUUAUAUAGCCAAUGGGUGAUGAACCAGCAAGCGGCGGCAGAGAUUAGGGAUCAGGUCUACCUGGCCUCUCCCUUCCUAUACCGGAAAAUCGCGCAAGCGAUCCCCAACGAAAAAUUGCUCCUCCGGCAGGCGCAGCGUAACCGAGUGGCAGAAAAGAAAUGCCUGAUCAUACCUAUUUGCGAGCAAGCCCACUGGCGCCUAUGGAUUGUGGCUCACCCCGAUCUUACGGCUGAAACUAGCGCGAUGUAUGUCAUCGACUCACUAAGGAACUAUCCGACAGAGGAGAUAGCAGCGCACAACCGACGUUACGUCCAACUCCUAAACCGGUGGAAGCACAGCCAGGAUCUAAAAUGCGAUUCGCAAUCAAUGCCGCUGCGGAAGGUCCAAGUCCCGCCGCAAGCCAACCUUUCAGAUUGUGGCGUGUACCUACUCCGGAACCUCGAGGUAUACCUUCAACAAGAUGAGGCCAGGUGGGACCCGCACGCCUUGUCCCUGGCCUGGUGUAUAGCGGCAGAGGCCCAGCGAAGCCGAAUGAAAAUAGCAGCAGUGCUGCUGAGAUUAGCAGCGGAGGAAGGAGAAACCCGGGCCAGCGCCAGUGAGCCCGUCGACAGCGCCGAUGACGUCACGAUCAUCACACCCACCGCUGAGCCGAUAACGGUGCGGACAAUGACGACCGAAGAACCGGACAGAAUGACUGCCGCUAAGGAGUCAAUCAAACCCUGGACAACCGAGGAACCCGUCACCAUGGGCGUCAUAGCCCCCUACGACCCCGAAGAGGACUUGCGGCAAAUACAGCCCAUAAUUGGGCUGCUAGGUGGUGGGCCAGCUACCCCAAAACCGAUGCUCGGCGAAGGAGACGA